AACGCGGAGCUCUCACACGGGCACGGAGCCUUCCCUUUCCCACUCCUCCCAUUCGAACGCAAGCGGGCACGAUGAUGGCGAGGCCGCACAAGGCGCCGCCGGCGCGCGUGCCCAUGCGGUGGGUGGCUGUUUUCUCCGCCGCCUGCUUCGUCCUCGGCGUCUGCGUCGUCAACAGAUAUUGGGCAGUUCCAGAGCAUCCCGGUUGCCCAAACAAGGCAAGUUCUGACCACUCGAGGGCCGCAUUGAACCAAGUGUCACAGGCUCGCGAAGUCGUCAUGGCUUUGGAUAAGACGAUAUCUGACAUUGAGAUGCGCCUGGCUGCUGCUAGAGCAGCACAAGCGAUGAGCCAGGGCGUAUCGCCCAGUGAUUCGGAGGGUGACCAGGGAAGCAUGCGGCCUAGGAUGUCUUUUGUCAUGGGAGUUUUCACCACUUUCACUAACCGUAAGAGGAGAGACUCAAUAAGGCAGACAUGGAUGCCGCAAGGCGAUCAUUUACGAAGAUUGGAAGAGAAGGGCAUUGUUAUACGUUUUGUUAUCGGACGCAGUGCAAAUCCAAAUCCUAACAAUGAGGUGGACCGUGCAAUUGAUGCAGAAGAUAAAGAAUACAGUGAUAUUUUGAGACUUGAUCAUGUUGAAGGCUAUGGAGGGCUCCCUAUGAAGAUUCAGAUGUUUCUUUCAACUGCUCUUACCACAUGGGAUUCUGAUUUCUAUGUAAAAGCUGAUGAUGAUGUUCAUGUCAACAUUGGUAUCACCAGAUCGGUUUUGGCGCGGCACAGGUCGAAACCACGCGUGUACAUUGGCUGCAUGAAAUCCGGACCUGUUAUUGCUAAAAAUGACUCCAAGUAUUAUGAACCGGAUCAUUGGAAGUUUGGGACCGAGGGUAACAACUACUUUAGGCAUGCAACACGACAGCUGUAUGCUGUAACCAGGGAUUUAGCAACUUACAUAUCAGCAAACCGGCAUAUCCUGCACAAGUAUUCAAAUGAAGAUGUAUCAUUUGGCUCUUGGCUGAUUGGGUUGGAUGUUGAGCAUGUUGAUGAGAGGAGCCUUUGCUGUGGUACACCCCCAGACUGUGAAUGGAAAGCUCAGUCAGGGAACCCAUGCGCGGCCGCCUUCGACUGGAACUGCACUGGCAUCUGCAACCCGGUGGAGAGGAUGACGGAGGUGCACCAGCGAUGUUGGGAAGGCCGUGGAACCGAAGGGCACGCACAGUUUUGACUUCCGACAGCCGAUGGUUGGCGUCUUUGUACCAUUUUUUCUGCAGGGCCCUGUAAUUAAUCUAGAGACGCACUUGUUAUGCAAUGUCUCAGUUUUUCA